AUCAAGUCUAAACCUCUGUGAAGUGAGUUACAAUAUGGUGUCUUCACCAAGACGAGGGGAAGUGAGUUACAAUCUGGUGUCUUCACCAAGACGAGGGGAAGUGAGUUACAAUAUGGUGUCUUCACCAAGACGAGGGGAAGUGAGUUACAAUCUGGUGUCUGCAUUAUCUCAAAGUGAAGUGAGUUACCAUCUGGUGUCUGCACCAAGAUCAAAUGAAGAAGACGACACAAUGAUAAAGACGACAAUACUUUGUUGAAGAUGGCAACACCAUGAUGAAUUUGGCAACACCAUGAUGAAGAUGGCAACACUAUGAUGAAUUUGGCAACACCAUGAUGAAGAUGCCAACACUAUGAUGAAAUUGGCAACACCAUGAUGAGGAUGACAACACCAUGAUGAGGAUGGCAACACCAUGAUGAAUUUGGCAACACCAUGAUGAAUAUGACAACACCAUGAUGAAUAUGACAACACCAUGAUGAAGAUGACAACACCAUGAUGAAGAUGGCAACACUAUGAUGAAAUUGGCAACACCAUGAUGAAUAUGACAACACCAUGAUGAAUAUGACAACACCAUGAUGAAGAUGGCAAUACUAUGAUGAAAUUGGCAACACCAUGAUGAAUAUGACAACACCAUGAUGAAGAUGGCAACACUAUGAUGAAUUUGGCAACACCAUGAUGAAUAUGACAGCACCAUGAUGAAUAUUACAACACCAUGAUGAAGAUGACAACACCAUGAUGAAGAUGGCAACACUAUGAUGAAAUUGGCAACACCAUGAUGAAUAUGACAACACCAUGAUGAAUAUGACAACACCAUGAUGAAGAUGACAACACCAUGAUGAAGAUGGCAACACUAUGAUGCAUUUGGCAACACCAUGAUGAAGAUGACAACGCCAUGAUGAAGAUGGCAAUACUAUGAUGAAUAUGACAACACUAUGAUGAAUAUGACAACACUAUGAUGAAGAUGACAACACCAUGAUGAAGUUGACACCAUGCAGCAGACAAAGAAGAAAGAAAGUGCUUCUGGCAAUAGUACUUCUGACCUGCUUCUAUGCUUGUCUUCUGUGGUUCCCCCGGGACAGCAAUGAAGCCAGUAACAACAGUAGCGUUGGCACAGUAAAAAAAGAGUCACACGGAAAGAAUAAAUUCAUGGGCCUUUAUUUCAAGAAACUGCUGAAUCUGAUCAUGACUUGGUUCAUUAUCAAGAACGAUAAUCAAUUGGACAAACUGUUGAACAAACAUAGCUUCGUGUUUGGUUUGAAUUCGAGACAGUGUCUCAAUGUUUCUAUCGGUGUUUUGAUUGUUGUACAUUCUGAUCCCAGCAAUGUUGAGAAACGAAGUGUUAUACGAAACACAUGGGGAUCAGUGACCACGUUUAGAAAUAUGCCAGUUGUGUGUGUGUUCAUGAUGGGAGAACGAAACAACAUUCAACAAGAAAUUGUCCAAGAGUCAAUAUUGUUUGGAGACAUUGUUCAAGGAAAUUUUAAAGACAGUUACAAGAACCUAACGUAUAAACAUAUAAUGGCUCUUCAUUGGGUAACUACUCAAUGUCAUGACGUGAGAACUAUUGUCAAAAUUGACGAUGACGUGUUUGUCAAUAUUUUCAAAUUGGUAAACUUUUCGCUAACUACUGGACACUUGCACAACAGUUUGUACUGCACAGUUUUACAGACUGGUCGUCCAUUUCGAAAAGAAGGGAAAUGGAUAACCAGUAGGGAGGAAUAUCCUUUCGAUUUUUUCCCCACUUACUGUGAAGGUAUGGCCUAUAUUUUAUCAGUGGAUGAAGCGAAAAGGUUGACAAAAGCGUCUGAAAAUACGCGAUUCUAUUGGAUAGAUGAUGUUUACGUCACAGGUAUUCUUGCACACAAGGCUGGAAUUGGUCACAAACAGUUGCUUGAAACACACAAAGCUGCCAAAGCAGGUUUUUCAGACAAUGACUAUGAAAGUUCAGUAAAUGAUGUCCUUUUUUUCCAUGAUUUCAAAACGUCAGCCUCUUUAUGGGAAAAGGUCAAGUUUGAGUGCUGUUCAACCUAGAUGGGCUGUGGCUCACCUGUUAGAAAAUAUUUUAUGAUAAAAAGACUAUUGCGUUUCUUCUCACUGGGAAGGAAAUCGACAACCGUGGUUUUCUCAAAAACUCGCAAUACCUUAAAUUUUUCAAAAUUUCAUAAGACAGACAACAAAUCCUUAGUGUCAUCACGAAACUGGGGGAAACGGUGGACCGAUAGUAUGUAUGCUAAUUGUUUUGUGUCUUUAAAACCGAUCUAUAAUGCAAUAGAAAAACAGAUAUGAAUGUAGGGUGUGAUGUCGAAAGAAUUUUGCUUCAUAUAAUCAUUUUCAAAUCGAAUCACCACACGAAGGGACAGUAAUUUCCAGAUUUAUACAUACUCGGUAAUGGAAGUGUAAUCCGAGGUCCAAGUGACCAACGUUUGAAGUGUACCAUAUGCAUAUAUACUGAACCGCAAAAGAAACGUCACCAUGGAUAGAUAUAUGAGAAACCUUAUUUGUCCAAACACUGUAA